AUGGCAACCAUGUUCACAAAUCGUUGGAUACCGGCAUUUCUCUAUCCCAUCACUGUUUUAGCAUUGAGCACUUUUGUGGCAGGCCGUGUCCCACCUAGUUACUUUAGCGACUCUCACAACCUUAUCAACGUCUACUUUGUCAAGCUUGGUUGGCUAUGGACGACCGUUGCCUAUGUCUCACUCCUCAACGGUGACAAAAAGAGCUGGUUACGAUACAUCUUGUCAACGGCCUAUUGGUUUUGCAUCACACAAUGGUUACUGGGCCCCAGCUUUAUCGAUCGCGUGUUUGUGGCUACGGGUGGUAGCUGUUCAUCGGACAUCUUGCUGCAAAGUCAGGCCACGUGUCGCCAAACGGGAGGUCAAUGGAUCGGUGGUCAUGAUGUUUCAGGCCACUGCGUACUUUUAGUCCAUGCAAGCUUAUUCUUAUGGGAGGAACAACGCGCCAUCUUGCUCUUCAAGAAUACCAAAAAGUAUGGUUUAUACAUCGUCUAUGGAUUCCUGGCCUUGUGGUGGUGGAUGCUUUGCAUGACAAGCACUUAUUUUUUCCAUGGUCAACGGGAAUUGGUUUCAGGCACCUUCUUUGGCAUGUUUGGAUGGGUCAUCAUGUAUUUGGUCAUGUUCCCUUUGAUUGGUCUUGUGGACACCCUUCAGCCAUCUCAAAAGGAGCAGCAGCAGCAACAACAACAACAGCAUGAGAAAUUGUAA